AUGAAGUUCUCAGCUAUCCUCUUCGCCGGCGCUGCCGCUGCUGCUACUAUGGUCGAGCGUCAAGGUUCGGGUGUUGACACUGUCCUCGCCGCCAUCUCUUCCAUCUCUUCCGCUACCACUGCUUUGAAUAACGGGAUCACCUCCUUCUCAGGCGCUGGUGAUGCCCAGACUUCCUAUCAAUCAGUUCAGAACUCUGGUGAUGCCGACUCUCUUGAGGCUGCUUCCAAAGCUGUUAUCGAUGCUAUCAACACUGGCAACACCAAUGUCGGUCCCAUUGGUCAGCUUGAACUCACCGACGCACUCCAGCUCCAGGACCCAACCAAGGCACUCGGUGAGCUCGUAACUCAAACCGUUAACAACGCCAUUUCCAAGAAGGAUGCAUUCACAUCUGCUGGUGUCGCUGGAACUGUUCUCGAGCAACUUCAACAACAGCAAAGCGCCGCCAACACCUUCUCUACCACCGUUGUCGGCAAAGUUCCAGAGGCCGCUCAGAGCAUUGCUCAGGGACUUGUCCAGCCCAUCACUGACGCGCUCCAGAAGGGCGUGGAUGCUUUCCAGGGCUCCAGCAACGGCCCAGGCCAGGGUUCUCCAUCCAGCUCUGAGGGUGGCUCAGAGCCAACUGCUGUUCCGACCGGCUCCGCUCCCGUCACCACCCCAGCUCCUACCUCUGCCGGUCCCACCCCCCCGUCUACUCCACCACCAUUCACCGGCGCUGCCAUGCCAACCGCUGCUGCUGGCUACGGUGUUGCCGCUGCUGUGGCUCUCGUUGCCGCUGCUGCUUUGUGA